GUCACAGUCUUUGUCUCCAUCAGUGUCUGCUGCUCGUCUCCGUGUUUUUAGGGGGAACUGCCCCUUUAACCGCGCGGCCACACUGCUCAUGCUCGGGGCUUCUCUCCAGUCAGGAGCCAGCGGUGGACCGGAGCAGACCGAGGGAGCCGCGGCCAGCGCAUCCUCCGAGACCCGCGGAAGAGGCGGACACGCCGGAGGGAGAGCAGCCGCGCGUCGCGCGUCACCGGAGCCCCGCGCGCGUCCCGCCACGGCACUCUCCUCUCUCCUCCUCUCUCCUCUCCUCCUCUCUCCUCCUCCUCUCUCCUCCUCUCUCCUCCUCCACUCUCCUCGGGAGAUCACGGCGUCUGUCGUCGCGGGAGCAUCCUCCUCCGGUCACGGGCGCGUGUUCACAUCGGCACCGUGGCCCCUGUGACUUCUGUGGGAUAAAGACUCGUGGCGCCGCGCCGCGCGUAACAGGGGGGAAAAACGCGUUUCAAGGGAUUUUGACUGUUUCCAUCAAAGUUGCGUGUGUUCCACGCGUCCUCUGGACCGUGCGUGAUAAGGUACAAGGCUGCUGAAGCGCCGCUGCUCAUGACACGACGGUGACAGUUCCUCCUCCUCCAGCCUCUCAUCUCUCUCCUCGUCCAUCAUGGAUGACGCCGGGGGUGGACACCUCACCUGGACCGGGUCGUCCGGGAGGGGCGCGCGGCGACGGGACGCGCGGCCCACGUGCUCCCUGGGGAUCGGCCUGUUGGUGACGCUGCACCUCGCGCUCCACGCGUCCGCCGCGUCCGCGUCCUGCGACGGCAGCUGCUUCUCGGGCAGGUGCGUCAACGGGAGCUGCGCCUGCGACCACGGGUGGGUCGGGGAUCAGUGCCAACACUGCCAGGGGAGAUUCAAGUUAACCGACCUGUCGGGAUCUCUCACAGACGGACCAGUCAACUAUAAAUACAGGACCAAGUGUACUUGGCUGAUAGAAGGAUAUCCUAAUGCAGCACUCCGGCUGCGCUUCAACCACUUCGCCACCGAGUGCAGCUGGGACCACGUGUACGUCUACGACGGAGACUCCAUCUACGCCCCCCUGAUUGCCGUCUUCAGUGGUCUCGUGGUGCCAGAGACCGGGGGGAACGAGACCGUCCCCGAGGUGGUGACCACAUCCGGCUACGCUCUGCUUCACUUCUUCAGCGACGCCGCCUACAACCUGACCGGCUUCACCAUCGCCUACUCGAUCAACUCGUGUCCCAACAACUGUUCGGGCCACGGCAGAUGCAGCGCGGCCCCGAGCGCGGCCUCCGGCCCGGCGUACUGCGAGUGCGAGGACUACUGGAAGGGAGACGCCUGCGACAUCCCGUACUGCAGAGGCAACUGUGGCAGCCCGGAUCACGGCUACUGCGACCUGACCGGAGAGAAGCUCUGCGUCUGCAACGACAGCUGGCAAGGUCCGGACUGUUCUCUGUCGGUUCCGUCCACCGACGCCUUCUGGACGCUGCCCAGUGUCAAACCGUCGGCGCAGUCGUCCGGUCGAGCUUCCCAUCAGGCCCUGGUGCGCUCCGGGCUCAUGUGGGUGUUCGGGGGCUUCUCCUUCAACUACUUCAACUACCACAUGGUUCUCAACUACAACCUGGAGAGCAGCACCUGGGACGCGGUGCCGGCGAGCUCUGGUCCUCUGUACAGAUACGGACACUCGCUGGCUCUGCACCAGGAGGACGUGUACAUGUUUGGCGGGAAGCUGGAGGCGGGAGCCGGCAACGUGACCGACGAGUUGUGGGUGUUCAACAUCCCCGGACGCACCUGGUCGCCACGGAAACCCUCCCCGGCACCUCCCUACGCCCUGGAGGGACACACCUCCCACGUGGCGGAGCUUGACGGCGGCGAACCCGUGAUGCUGAUAUUCUUCGGCUACUCGCCGGUCUACAGCUACGUCAACAAGGUCCAGGAGUACAACAUCAGGACGAACUCGUGGCAGGUGGUGUCGGCGGGCGGCGCGGUGGUCCAGGGAGGUUACGGCCACAGCAGCGUGUUGGACGAGUCCAGCGGCUGCGUGUUCGUCCACGGGGGAUACAAGGCGCUGAGCAACAACAAGUACGGCCUGGUGGACCACAUGUACCGCUACCACGUCCACUCCAGAACAUGGUUGAUCCUAAGAGAGAGUGGCUUGGCAAGGUACCUCCACUCGGCGGCGCUGCUGAGCGGAACAGUUCUGGUUUUCGGGGGGAACACUCACAACGACACGUCGCUAAGCAACGGAGCCAAGUGCUUCUCUGCUGACUUCCUGGCGUAUGACAUAGCUUGUGAUGAGUGGACCGUCCUCCCCAGACCGGCGCUGCACCGGGACGUCAACCGCUUUGGACACUCUGCCGUGGUGAGCAACGGCUCCAUGUUCAUCUUUGGAGGUUUUUCCGGCGUCCUGCUGAACGACGUCCUGGUCUACACGCCCCCGUCCUGCCGGGCCUUCUCUCACCGGGCUGCGUGUGCUGCUGCCGGGCCGGGCCUCCGCUGCCACUGGGUCCGAGCUCGAUGUUUCCCCUGGGAACCAGAACCACCGGACCUGCUGCUGCUGCCUGGUCCCACGUGUCCCCCACGACCUGACAGUACAGACGAGCGGUGUUUCCGCUUCUCGGACUGCGCGAGCUGCACCGCCAACACGUGGGGCUGUCAGUGGUGUGAGGACAGGAAGUGCAUCUCCUCAUCCAGCAACUGUACCGUGCUGACUCUGGAGCUGGCCCAGCAGCACGGCGGCGCUCUGUCUCUGUCUCGUCCUCCCUCCAUGUUGUCUGAACAUCAGCUGAGCUUGUGGAAGCACGGAGCCAGACGGACGGGUCAUACGGUGAGAGACUCGUCCAGGUGUAAGCGGCGGGAAGAGCAGGAGUGUUUCCGACUGGCCAACUGCAGGAGCUGCUCCCUGAACGUCAACUGUCAGUGGGACCAGACGCAGCAGGAGUGUCAGGCUCUGCCUGGGCAGCUGUGUGGAGAGGGCUGGCACCACGUGGAGGAGGCCUGCCUGAGCAUCAACUCCAGCAGAGACAGCUACGAUAACGCGCAGCACUACUGUAAGAACCUUGGAGGAAACAUCGCGUCGCUGCUCACGGACAAACAAGUGAACUUUGUACUGGAGGAGCUGCACAAACACCAGCUGCAAGACAAGAGUUUGUCUCCGUGGGUCGGCCUGAGGAAGAUCAACGUGUCGUACUGGGGCUGGGAGGACGCGUCGCCCUUCACCAACACCAGCCUGCGCUGGUCCCCGGGCGAGCCCAGCGACUCGGGCUUCUGCGCCUACCUGGAGCGAGCCCACGUGGCCGGACUCAAGGCCAACCCCUGCACGGCCACCGCGGACGGCCUGAUCUGCGAGAAGCCUGCCGGGAGUCCGCAGAGUCCGAGCGCCCGUCCCUGCCGGACGCCCUGCGCUCUGCGCACCAGCUGCGCCAACUGCACCAGCCAGGCCAUGGAGUGCAUGUGGUGCGGCAGCGCCCGGCGCUGCGUCGACUCCUCGGCGUACGUCAUCUCCUUCCCCUACGGCCAGUGUCUGGAGUGGCAGACCCAGGACUGCACCGCUCAGAACUGCUCCGGUCUGAGGAUGUGCGGCGAGUGUCUGGAGCGAGCCGAGUGCGGCUGGUGCGGUGAUCCCAGUAACACCGGUAAGGGCGUGUGCAUGGAGGGGUCCUACCGGGGGCCGCUGAAGCCCGCCAACCCGAGGGCCGGGUCCCGGGACCGGGACAUGGUGCUGGACCAGAGUCUGUGUUCGUCCGACAGAGGCUUCAACUGGGCCUUCAUCCAAUGUCCAGCGUGUCAGUGCAACGGCCACAGCAGGUGUGUGAACGGCAGCGUGUGCGAGCGCUGUGGGAACCUGACGGCCGGGACGCACUGCCAGAGCUGCAUGGCCGGUUACUAUGGCGACCCCGUCAACGGAGGGAAAUGCAACGCAUGUAAAUGUAACAGCCACGCCAGCGUGUGCCACGUCAACACGGGGAAGUGUUUCUGCACCACCAAGGGCAUCAAGGGAGACCAGUGUCAGCUAUGUGACUCAGAGAACCGUUACCUUGGUAACCCUCUCCGGGGAACAUGUUAUUACAACCUGCUGAUCGAUUACCAGUUCACCUUCAGUUUGCUUCAGGAAGACGACCGCUACUACACCGCCAUCAACUUCAUGGCGACACCUGAGCAGGCCAACAAGAAUCUGGACAUGUCCAUCAACGCCUCCAACAACUUCGACCUCAACAUCACCUGGUCCUUGAGCUCAACAGCCGGCACCAUCUCGGGCGAAGAGAUGCCGAUCAUCGCUCGGACCAACAUCAAGGAGCACAGGGACAGUCUCUCCUGCGAGAAGUUCAACUUCAGGCUCCACCACAACAUCACCUUCUACGUCUACGUGUCCAACUUCAGCUGGCCCAUCAAGAUCCAGAUCGCUUUCUCUCAGCACAACAGCAUCAUGGACCUGGUGCAGUUCUUCGUCACGUUCUUCAGCUGCUUCCUGUCUCUGCUGCUCGUCGCCGCCGUGGUUUGGAAAAUCAAACAGACCUGCUGGGCCUCGCGGCGGAGAGAGCAGCUGAUGAGAGAGCGGCAGCAGAUGGCCAGUCGUCCCUUCGCCUCCGUCGCCGUGGUGCUGGAGGUGGGCGGCGACCGCGAGGAGCUGCUACAGGCGGUGCCGAAGCCCGUCGCCAUGGAGCCGUGCUGGGGGAGCAGAGCAGGUGUUCUGACGGUGCUGCUGUACCUGCCCAGAGUCCCGUCUGGAGUCCCUCCGCCUGGACAGUGUGCGGAUUCUAAGCCGAGCCUCAUCGAGGGCGAGCGUUGUGUGAUGUGAGGAGGUGAACGAGGGCCUGGCGGUGAGCGGCGUCACCGGCUCCUCCCGUCACAGACGUCUUCCAGCUCCGGUCCCAGUUUCCACGUCAGAGCCGAGCCGAUGCGUCUUCUCCCGGGGAAUUUUGUCUCCUGCUAAUGACCCCAUUAGUCUAUCAGGAGGGGGAACGUGUUUGUGUGUGUGUGUGUGUGUGUGUGUGUGCGUUAAUGAUGUGUCAACUCACCUG